CGAUUCUUCCACCACUACCGCCAUUGCCUCCGUUCUCUCUAUCUAUCUUCUCUCUCUAACAACAUUACAUCUCCCUCUCCUUCCCGCUCCCCAAGAAAACCAAGAACUGUCUCUCUCUAACGACGUAACAUUUUUCUUUCCCUCUGCCCGUAAGGCAAAGGAACCAACUCUCUGCUCUCUCUCUCUCUCGCUUUCUGUGCGUCGGAGAUUCGGGCAAGGCAAGUGGCUGAAGAAGGGAUGGGGAAGUACCACGUGGAGGUGUGCGUGGCGUCGGCGAGGGGACUCCGGCGGUCGUUCCUCCGGAGCCAGUGGUUCGCGGUGGCGUGGAUCGACCCCGAGCGGAAGUACUGCACCAAGGUGGACGCCAGGGGAGGGACCAGCCCCGUUUGGAACACCAAGUUCGUCGCCUCCUUCGACGGCGCAGUCGAGGAUGCAGCCCUCCACGUCGAGGUGUACGGCAGGGAGACGCUGUUCCUGAGGGAGAGGCUGGAGGGGACGGCCAGCAUCUCGCUCAGGGAGUUCCUCACGAAGCUCGACCGGAGCCCCGAGCCGGGCGUCGCGGAAUCCGGCAGCUUCCAGCUGAGAAAGAAGGGUUCGACGAAGCCACGUGGCUUCGUCGACCUCUCUCUCCGGAUAUCGGACCGCGCCGCCGGUGAAGGGUUGGCUCCACAUGCAGCAGGCAGAGAAGGAGCGUUCACUGGCAUCUCAACGUCCAUUUCAGAAGGAAAUCCGUCUCUAUACUCCAAUGCUGAUGUGAACCAAAUUCAGCCUUAUUCAUACCCACCUCCUCCUCCGCAGGCCAGGCCUCAAGACUAUUACUCACAGCCGCAGUUUCAACCUAACACUGGAAGGCCAUCAACUCCUCCACCCCCACCUCCACCAUCGAAUACAGGUUUCCUGCUUCCGCCUUUUGCUCCAACCGCAGCCCAAGAGGGUGGAACAUACUGGAGCAUGCCUGGAAGGACUUCUGCUGGAGCAAGAGGAGGAACAAUGGCGCCUGGCUUUGGAAUGGGGGCUGCUGGUGGAGCCUUGGCAGCCGGUGCCUUCCUUUUUGGUGAUGAUUUUCUGAAUGCAAUGGACUACUCUUCAGGCCUGGAUGGUGGAAGCGUCACAAUUUCUGCAAAUUCUAUGCUAUGACACAAAUGAAGGGGAUCACAUAUUCACAAUAUACUGUGUAGAAUAUAUGCCAGUCUGGAAUACUCUUAACACUUUCUGACUCUGGUAAUGUGUACCUUCAUAUGGAUGAUUCAUUUAGUUCAUUGUACCUGACCCCAAAAAAAACCUAAGCUGAUGAACUUAAUUUUCAUCAUCAAGCACACACUUGCACAAUCCAAGUUUAAUUUUCAUCAUCAAGCAGACACUUGCACUAUCCAAGUUUAUGGACCUUCCCAGAAAGGCAGAGGGCAGGAAAAGGUUUAAUUAUGGAGGUUAUGCAAUUCCAACCAUCAGAUACUGUAUACAGAAGGGUAACAGAAACCCCAGAAGCUUUUCUUUUCAACUGAAUGCUUAUGAAGCUUCUCAUCUCCUCAUCCAAAUUUUCAUCAUACCAUACAGGCAUACA